AUGUUGCAUCGUCUCUGUGCUACCGCCAGAAGGGCAGUUUCCAGUGGCGCUUUCAAAUGCAGGAAUUUGUCUAGCAUAUCGUAUUUGAGCAAAGACUACUCUCUGCACCAAACCAGAAUUGUGCCAAAACUAACGACAUUUUACUCGGCGAAUCCUCAUCACGAAGAUCGCGUUGAUAGACUAGAGACCUUAUUACGCAAAUACAUUAAACUCCCAACGAUACAGGUGACUCCCAGCGAAAGGCCGUCGUGGUUGUCCUUCAGCGAAUAUGCUUUGAUCGGUGGUGGUACGCGACUCAAACCCAUCCAAUACCAACAACUGGUCACUCUGCUUAACAGGCUACAUGCUAUAGAACCAGAGCUCACGAACGAAGAAAUUACUACCGAACUAUCCCAGUAUUUCAAGAAAACCAAGUUACAGGCCUCUCAACUUUCCGUGAAAACGCUGGAUGAGUUUGGAAGAAGCAUCGCAGUGGGACGCAGAAAGACCUCGACAGCGAAAGUUUACCUUGUCAGAGGCUCGGGCGAUAUCUUGAUCAACGGCCGCCAAUUCAACGAUUACUUUGCCAAGAUGAAAGAUCGCGAAUCUGUGGCUUAUCCUCUGAAAGUGGUUGACAGUCUGGGAAAGUACAAUGUAUUCGUGGCCACCUCUGGAGGUGGUAUCACGGGCCAAGCGGAAGCGACUAUGCAUGCAAUUGCCAAGGCGCUCCUAGUCUUCAAUCCUCUUCUGAAACCAAGACUUCAUAAGGCCGGUAUGUUGACAAGAGACUACAGGCACGUCGAAAGAAAGAAGCCAGGUAAGAAGAAGGCCAGAAAAAUGCCUACUUGGGUGAAGAGAUGA